AUCCCUACUGGAGCUGCGCACUUAUUAGCGUGGGCCUUUGCGUCACAGCCGGCGUCUCCUGCAGGCUUCAUUCAUCUUUCGUUCCUCAGGUAGUGAGGCCUAGUCGAAAGCAUGGAGAGCGCAGUCCCAGCCGCCGGCUUCCUGUACUGGGUGGGCGCGGGAACCGUGGCCUACGUGGCCCUGCGCAUCUCAUACUCGCUCUUCACGGCCCUUAGGGUCUGGGGGCUGGGUAACAAGGAGGGGGUCGGACCAAGUCUCGGGGAAUGGGCAGUUGUCACAGGUAGUACUGAUGGAAUUGGAAAAUCAUAUGCUGAAGAGUUGGCAAAGCGUGGAAUGAAGGUUGUCCUUAUCAGCAGAUCACAGGAUAAACUGAAACAGGUUUCCAGUGAAAUAAGAGAAAAAUUCAAAGUGGAGACAAGGACCAUUGCUGUUGACUUUGGAUCGGAAGAUAUUUAUGAUAAAAUUAAAACAGACCUGGCAGGUCUUGAAAUUGGUGUUUUAGUGAACAACGUGGGAAUGUCAUAUGUGUAUCCCGAAUACUUUUUGGAAAUUCCUGACUUAGACAAUACCAUCAAGAAACUGAUAAAUAUUAAUAUUGUUUCUGUUUGUAAGAUGACUCAACUGGUGCUGCCAGGCAUGGAAGACAGAUCUAAAGGGGUAAUUCUGAACAUCUCCUCCGCCAGUGGCAUGUACCCAUUUCCACUAAUGACAAUCUACUCUGCAACCAAGGCUUUUGUAGAUUUCUUCUCUCGGUGCCUCCACGAGGAAUAUAAGAGCAAGGGCAUCUUUGUGCAGAGUGUCCUGCCAUUCUUGGUAGCUACGAAACUGGCCAAAAUCCAAAAGCCAACUUUGGAUAAGCCCUCCUCAGAGACAUUUGUGAAGUCCGCUAUUAAAACAGUCGGCUUGCAGUCCCGAACCAGUGGAUAUCUGGUGCAUUCUCUUACGGCCUCCAUAAUCUCACUCCUGCCUAACUGGAUUUGCUUGAAAAUGAUGAUGUUUUUUACCAAGUCCCUGCGGGCUCGCUAUCUGAAAAAACACAAGAAGAAUUAAGCAUUGAUAGCUGCACUGAGGAAGUUGGCCAGGUGCCUCAGCUUACGCUUGUACACUGCAAGGCACCUGCCCGUCUGCUCAAUCUUCAGUUGUCAUUUUAAUAGUUAUUAACAUGACUAAAUGUUGUCAGAAUUGGGAAGAAAGCGGGAUUUGCUUUUUAGGAGUUCCUGACAUAUAUUUGGGAUACUCCCUUGGGUUAUUUUAAGGUUUAAUACAAAUUUUCAUAUCAAAUGAAUGUAGAAUUAAUAGUAGCAAGAAUAGCUUAACAGGGAGUGACACAAUUAUAACAAAUCACAGAAUCAUAGAGUCAGACAUAAAACGCAACCAUUUCAUCUGGAACAGAAUGCCAGAUAAUGAUCAUUAUUCUUGUAUUUUCUCUGAAACAUACUUUAAAAAGUAAUGGCCUUCUGCUCUUUUUUGUUUUUAACAGUGAGAGAAUUGCGAUUAGUUGAUUCACUUUAUGGGGAGACACAUUGGAAUUUACAUAGCUCUCCAUAAGGUUUUCCAAAAGUAUAUUCCAGAUUGCAUAUUACAUGAAACUAUUCUUUCUCAAAGGUAGCUAGUGGCAUAAAAAUAAUUUAUGAAAUAUAUGGAAUUGUUUUUGACACAUGAAGCCCACUAAAAUAUGCUUUCCUCUAAUGUAUAUUUCUUCUCAGUUUAUCUAAAUACUUAAACCAUAUGGCAUGAUUUAUGAAGAUAAUAGGCCAAAAUGCAUAGUAAAUCAGCAGCCAUGUACAGUGCUGCUGAAACCCUGACCCAGGAAAGUGGCUUUCCUGAACCCCUCUUUGUUUCUGCCCUGCACCGAUAAUGCUCACAUCUGUGUAAACAGGCACUAACUACUAUAACAUAUCAUAGAAUUGGUGUUAACAGUUUUAAAAUAGGUACCCGAUAGGUACUGACGUAAUUAGUUACAAUAAAAGGUAAUAAUUGAAAAUGUAUUUCUUUGGUGCUUGAAAUUAAGGCCAUAUUUACACUGACCUAAAAUAAUUAAGACUUACUUUUAUUCUGCUACAUAACUUUUACGGGGAAAUCACCAAGAAAUAAUUCAAGAUUAUGAAACAUGUAACAUGGUAGAUCGGCCUUUACCGAAUGUGGAUCCCAUGCUCUUGAGUUUUCAGGACCAGUAAAUUUGCAAAAAUAAAAUAAAAUUACAUUUUAAAAAUCGAGAGAUUUAAAGUGUUUCUAGCUUUUAAUUUUGCUAGCUAAGGACAUAAAACAGAAACAGAAAAAAGGAAAUUGCCAUCUGUUAUCAGCAUAAUUAUGUAAAAGAAAAGACAUUUUAGCACCCAAAAAGUAGGAAGAACAAUCACAGAAUAAAGGAUAGCCCAUUUAAAUUGAAUAAAUUUAGCUUUAUGAAAAACACAUUGCCUUUUUUUCCCUCUCAUUUUGUUGUAGAAAUAGUGACAACGCAAUGAUCUUGGCAGUAUUUUAUCUGCUUUUGCACAUUGGUUGGUUGGUUGAUUGUGGUGGUUGUUUUUGGUGGAGAGAUGGUAGAUAGGGGAGGGAUUGGUUUGUGAGGAUACAAAAUACUUUGCUUUUGUUUAUCCAGUUAGGAAAUACUUCUAUUCUGGCUAGAAAACCCUUUAGCAAUUUGAAAGCUUAUGAGCUAUAAGGUGUUGAGUCCUACAACUUGACAAGUAUCUGUAUUUGACUCUAAAAGAUGAAGAUGAUGUCGUGAAAAUGUACUUUUCCAGGCAUAUGAAAAAAUUGUACCAUAAAAGAAACCAAUAUACUUCAAGUCUUCAAAAUAUUGAAGUAUAAUUUUUAGACUUUAUGUUGACUUGAUUUUAUGUUCUGACAUGUGCUGGAUAAGGUUUAAACCCAAAGAAAGUAGAGUAGAAGAUAGUAUUGAUUUUAUAUGUAGAAUUAGCUUACUUCACAACAUUGAAAGCUGGAUUUUAAUUAUUGUUUCUUUCCUCUUCCUUUCAAUGAACAGCAUGAGGGGAACAAGAGAUGAGAGGCAUUGUCCUACACACAUAAUGGUGUGUGCCGUUCUGAUUUGCCUUUGUGCCAGUCCCACGUGCAUGUGGAAUAAAUAAAGUACUAAACAUGA